UUUCACUCUAAGCUAAAGAUGCUUGUAAGACACAAGGAAUGGCAGUCAUGAUUAACAAUAUUAAUAUUUAAUAUUUACAGAAAGAAUAAUAACGCUGUUCUGAAUACUACUGCUCUUUGUACGUUCUUUUUGGGCACAGCGGCUUGCCGUAGAAUUGGCGGGUAUUUCCAAAAAAAAAGAAAAAAACGUAAACAAAGCAAAGGCGACGAUGGAGGAACCCAGCGCUUCAGGAGAAAAUGAAGAUGUGAAGCAAAACGAAAAUGUCUCCACCGGGAAACAGACUGGUGCGACAGCAGCUGGAGAAGACGCUUCCUCGGAGGUGUCCAAGGCAGAGCCUGACGGCAAAGCGGCGGAGGAGGCGACCGUUCGGUUCAACCGGCUCAAGCUGUUCGAUAAAGUGAUUCAGAAGAGCAUGAGCAAGUUCAUAGAGCAUGCCAGUUUUAAGGUGUUUGCCAGCAUGUUUCGUCCGCUGUACAAGAACGACGUUGAGCGGAUGGAGGAAAUUCAUCAUCAGUUCACGGAGAUGCUGAAGAAAUCUAUACAGGAGGACAUCAUAAAACUAAUGGAGGAAGGAAGAUUGGAGUCCAAAUUUAAUGAGCUGGACAAGCUGGAAGACGAGGUCAAGGAUAGUCCAGAGCCUGCAUGGCGGCCCAGUGGAGAUCCGGAGCAGGACUUCUGCAGCGUUGUGAUGCCGUACUAUCAGAAGCAAAGGGCCUACAUGAAGCUGGAGCUGAAACGGAUUCAAGCAGAGAACGCCGCGCUGGCAGAGAAGGUUCAGGCGGGGAGAGAGCGCAUUGCUCAGACAGAGCAACACAUUUCUACAGCUGUGGAUGAGUGGAAGACGACGGUGACCGAAUUUGAAAGAUUGGCUUCAUCCCUUUGCACAGCUAAUUUAUUUGAUGAGUAAUUUUUAUUUAAAAAAAUUUUUUAACAUAGCAAAC